AUGGUGAAUCUAAAUGUGGAGCAGAUGAAUGUCAUGACUCUAAGGAGUGGAAAAGAAGUUUUUGAGCAGCCAAGGAUGCAAAAGAGGACUAGAAAAGAUACAAAUGAGCAAGGGGAGCAACAAACCAAAAAUCUUGAGCAAGAUGAGGCUUCAACAGAAACUGAAAAGUCUCAUAUAGCUACAGAAUUGAACAAAAACGAUUUUGAUAAGGUAAGUAAAGAAGUUCAAAAUUCAUUUAACUCAUGUGUCCCUAUUCCUUUUCCUCGUAGGUUUAUGAAGUCUAAGAAAGAGCAAACUGAUAAUGAAAUCUUGGAUACUUUCCGGAAAAUCCAAGUGAACUUACUUCUUUUAGAUACCAUAAAACAAGUGCCUAAGUAUGCAAAGUUCCUUAAAGAGCAUUGUACGAACAAGAGAAGAUUCAAUUAUCAAGAAACUAUGGCAUUAAGCGAGGAAGUAUCAACUGUUUUGCAAAGAAAGCUGCCAUCGAAGUUGAAGGAUGCCGGUAGCUUUACCAGUCCAUAUGUAAUUGAAGGGAAAGAGUUUGCUAAAGCAUUGUGUGAUUUGGGGGCAUCCAUCAAUCUGAUGCCAUAUUCAGUGUUUGAAUCAUUAAACCUUGGAGACUUGAAGGAAACAAAGUUAGUAAUCCAGUUGGCAGAUCAUUCAAAUAGAUAUCCCAAAGGCUUAUUGGAGGAUGUACUUGUGCAAAUGAAUAAGCUCAUUUUUCCCGCUGAUUUUUUUCUUCUUGAGAUGGAACAUGACCCUAUGCCUAUUGCACUUCCUCUUAUAUUGGGAAGACCAUUCCUUAGAACGGCACGUACGAAGAUUGAUGUCUACGAUGGUACCUUAACCAUGGAAAUUGACGGAGAAAGCGUCAAGUUCAAAAUCUUCAAUGCUAUGAGGUACCUUAGUGAUUUUGACUUUGCAACGCCCCCGCCACAUUUCAAUGGUAUGGAUGUAACAUUUGAUACGAAUGAAGAGUGUGUGGUAGCAUUCAACAAGCUUAAGGAGUUGUUAUCCACGGCUCCAGUGAUCAUGCCACCAGAUUGGAGUUUACCUUUUGAGUUGAUGUACAAUGCUUCAGACUAUGUCGUCGGUGCAAUUCUAGGGUAG